CCGAGAAGUUGUUCCUUGCGUGUGUGCUGCCAGAGAGGGAGUAUACUAUUUAAAACGGAAAAUAAAUUGAUAUUUCAAUAUUUAAAGGAACCCAUGUUUUGAUGAAGUAAUUGAGCUAAUUUAACGGUUAAUCGCGUGUAUUCGUCUUUUCGUGUAAGUCAAUCAAGUGUUACACUAACAUCCAGUGGCUUUUGUGGAUGUUGUGGGGUUUUCACUAGACAAACAAGAUCUCACUUGCCUCAGGAUGUUUCUGUUCUCCAAAAAGAAGAAACCUAGUGAGGAUUCUGUAAAACGUCUGGAGUACCAGCUGUGCUUGGCCAAAGAAGCAGGUGCUGAUGAUAUUCUGGACAUUUCUGCCUGUGAGCUUACAGAGGUUCCCUCCAGUGCCUUCUCCAUAUGUAAAGUCCUCCAAAAGAAAGUGUUAAUUCUUCGUGGAAAUGACUUGAGGUCACUUGUUCCUAAAAGUUGCUGCAUUGGUGCCUUAGCAACUCUAAAGGUGUUAGAUCUGCAUGAAAAUAAGCUCACAUCACUUCCUGAUGACAUUGGGCAGCUUUCGUCCUUGCAGGUGCUGAAUGUAGAGAAGAAUCACAUAAAACAGCUCCCGGACUCUAUAGGGGAUCUACGGCAUCUACAGACACUUAAUGUGAAAGGGAACAGCCUUACUGUGAUUCCUGUGGCUGUGGGACGUAUGAGCAGCCUGCGUACACUGGACAUAAGUGAGAACAGCAUUAGGGAAUUACCCAAAGAACUGGCCAAUGUUCGCACUUUAGAAAGCCUGAUCCUGGAUGCACAGGUUAUGGGCUAUCCACCUGCGUCAGUGUGCACGGCCGGUAUAGAGGAAGUGCAGCGCUACCUCUGCUCAGAGAUGGGUCUGGAGUAUUGUCCACCAUCCCAGUAUCUCCUGCCUGUGCUGGAGCAUGAUGGAGGGAAGCAGGAGGUGGAUUGUGUUGAUGGUGAGGAGAUAGCCUGGCAGAUUAAAUUCCUGGACUAUGAGAAAAAAAAGGAGCAGAAACAGCUAGAAAAGCUGAUCUUUGAGAAAGAUCUUGAAGAGAAACAGAGAGAGCACACGCAGCUCCUCCUCCUCAACAACUCCCGCAAAGAGGAUGUCUUGCAGUCUGUCAAAAUGGAGCAGCAGCGGUUGGAGUUUGGUGUGUCUCAGCAGCAGAAGGCCCAGGAAACAGAGAGGCAGAAAAUGCUGGAUAAAGUACGUCAGGCAGAGACCAAUAUCAUGACUCGCAUUUCUGACCUCCUGCUUGAUAACAAACGCCAGGCAAAGAGCGCCCAGUUUCUGCAAGGUCUGGAGGAAGACCGCAUACGAAUGGAACACCUUACUGCCAUCACACAGGAUGAAGCCAACUCUCUUAGGAAGAAGGAAGUGGCAAGUGCCAUGCAGAGGAUGCUGUCAGAGAGCUACUCUUUAAGGUUACUGCAGGAGGCCAGGGAAGCCAAGACACAGAUUCUAGUGUCUGAGACUUGCAGGAGUUUGGACUUUAUGGAUAAGAAGUUUGAGCAAGUGUUGUCCUUGCAGCAGCUAGACAAAAGCAAAGCCAUUUGUCAGAUUCUUCAAGAGGAGGAAAUGCAGAAGGCUGCCUUUGAGGCCCUCCAACUCCAGAAGGACAGCGUGCAUGCUUAUAUCCGUAAUCAGAUUAAACUCAUAGAGGCAGAGUUAAUGCAGUUGACAAAGCUGGAGGUUAAGAGGAGGAAUUUGGACACUGAGAACCUGCAGGAGGUGCUGGCUGACCAGAGGACUGCUUUGACCGACCUGCUGCAGCAGUUACUCAAACAGAAGGACCAAAGGGAGGAGGAGCUCAGGAUGGUAUUGAUGGAGAUGGAGCAGAAAAGUGAAUCCAAUCAGCAGAACUACUGGAUGAUCCAAUAUCAGAGACUCCUGGAUGCCAAACCUCUGUCUCUGCGUAUGCAGGAAGCAGCUGUAGAUGCGGAUCUGGGGAAUCUGCUGUGUAAACUCUCUGCUCAACACUACCUGCCAAUCAUAGCUCACCACCGAAUCACUGCUGAGGCCUUACGACGCAUGACUACUAAAGACCUUAGAAAGUUGGGGAUCAAUGAGGUUGGCGUGCAGAAAGCUCUUCUCCACUGGGCCAGAGAACGCACUCUGUCUGAUCCAUUGCCUAGAACAGCAAAAGAACUGCAAGAAGCUGGUCCAUCCACUCCAAGUGCCCCACUUCAACAGCAGCUCACUCCUCCACUGACCCCCAGCACCCCCCUCACCCCCACUGCCCCAUGUCCUGAUAGAUUCAACAGUUCAGAGUGUGUGGUGUGCAUGGAAGAUGAGUCACAGGUGAUCUUCCUGCCAUGUGGACACGUAUGCUGUUGUCAGACUUGCAGCAGUGCCCUGCAGUCCUGCCCUCUGUGUCGUGGGUCUAUAUCUCAGCGCGUCCGUCUUUACCACGGCUGAAGAUGGCGAGCGUCCUUCCAUGGUCAGGAUCAUACCUCAUUUGUUGUCGUUGUUCCUUCCUCCUAUUUGCUGCAUGAAAUCAUAGUAUGUGAACCUUCAAGCACUUUAGAAGUUACUGGAUCUUUUCUUCUACUACAGCUACCCAAUCAAAGAGGAAAUUAUACAGCAAAACAUUUGUCUAGUUGGAUAAAGGUUUACUGUUCAUCACAAGCAAGUCACAUUCCAAUAAAUGAACAGCAAGAAAGUAUUUAAUAAUGGUUGAUCUAACUCAAACCCUAUAGGAAUAGAUAGAAUAAUAUGACUGUUAAGCUUUAGUAUCGCCAUUGUAUGUAACUGCUUUAAGCACUUAUGCCUCUUCUGUAUGUAAUGUCAACUCAUCCCCCAACUACAUUUGAAAUAUCUGCAUAUUCUCUAUAGUAAAGCUAAAUCUUCGUUCACAUGCCACAGUUUGCCCUAUGCCCUACAUGUUAUGACAGUGUCAUCGUAGUACAUUAAGACCAAAUGAUCAUCAUUCAGGGAUGUACCUUUAAAAGUUUUAAUCAUCAUUGUAAUUUUAUGAGAACUGGGGCAUCACACCGCAGCUAUAAUAAUAGCAACACAGGGAAACUAUAUCAUUGGAAUCACUAUCACAAUCAUUUUUUACAGCUGAUGAAUGAUAAAAAAUAUUUACAGCCAAUUAGAAUCUGCCUGACUUUAAUAAGCUUGAGCGUUUAAGGUGACAGCAGACAUAACUACAGUAAGAUUUGUAAUGUUUUUAAAGAAGUCUCUUCUGCUCACCAAGCCUGCAUUUAUUUGAUCCAAAGUACAGCAAAAAAAAAAGUACAAUUUUGAAAUAUUUUAGAUUGUAAAAUGUGAUUUAUUCCUGUGAUUUCAGAUCUGAAUUUUUAGCAUCAUUACUCCAGUCACAUGAUCCUUCAGAAAUCAUUCUGAUAUUCUGAUUUGCUGCUCAAAAAACAUUUAUUAUUUUUAUUAUGUUGAAAACAGCUGAGAAUUUUUUCAGGUUUCUUUGAGGAAUAGAAAGUUCAGAAGAACAGCAUUUAUCUGAAAUUAUACAUUAUAAAUGUCUUUAUCAUCACUUUUGAUCAAUUUAAAGCAUCUUUGCUAAAUAAAAGCUCAAAUUUAGCUUUGACCACAGGAAUAAAUUACAUUAAAAUACAUUCAAAUAGAAAACAGUUGUUUUAAAUAGUAAAAAUAUUUUAAUAUUGUACUGUUUUUGCUGUACUUUAGAUCAAAUAAAUGCAGGCUUGAUGAGCACAAGAGACUUAUUUAAAAAACAUGAAACAUCUAACUGUUCAAAAACCUUUGACUGGUAGUGUAUAAUAAACAGAAUGCUGCCGUCCCUUGGUGUGGACGCUAAUAUAGCUAUGGUUAUAGUUAUCUUUAUACUUAAUGUUCUUGGUGUGAACGGGCCUUUACCCUGCGGUGCCAGUAAGAGAGCAUUUUAAUACUUCAAACAGUUAAGUAGUUUUAAUUUUCAUUUUAAACGCGAUUCUUUAAAAAAUUUAGAAUUUGCAGAAGAGAGCCUUAUAAAGACUUCAACAUUUAAAUGUUUUGAACUGACUUUACAACACAGCUGAAUAGGAAAUUAUAGGUUGACGCUGAAAUCUUUCUGAAGGCACUGUACUUGCUAUAUAACACUUCAAACAUUCAUCCGAACAAAUGCAUUGUCAGUCCGUUAACAGUGAACUAUCCAGUUUCAGCGACACACGCAAUAGUGUUUCCUACAUCUGUGUACUUCUAUGAAGCUCUCUUCAUCCAAGUGCUCUUAUAUGCAAGUCUGCUUCUCACUAAACAUGUACAGAAUGAAAAAAGAACUUAUUCCAUCUGUAAAUAAAACAAUAUUAAUUUCUUAUUUCAACAAAUGAGCUUUAAGUGUAUAUCAGCAUGAUAAAUCAAACUUUAAUCGGUGUGCUUUGUGUGAUACAGUUACGCUGUAUGGAUCAAACUGGACAAAUAUGUCUUUUAUUUGCUGUGCGUCUGCCAUUUAAAUAAUGUUUAGUAGAAUGUGUAGGAGUUACUAUAGUAUAAACUAUCCUCUGAUGGCGGGUUAUUAACGUAUGUACACACUGUAGUCCUGCUCUUAUUUUGUUUAAGAAGAACUGUUACAGUUUGUGGUCAUUUUAUACAGAACAGAUGGCACCUUAUCAGUGAUGUCAAAGUGAGAUUGAAUCUCUAUGAUACAUUCAUUUACCAUACAUGUGCUGCCAUUACAUAUUUUCUACAUAUUCAUAAUAUGUAUUUUUUUUUGUAGAUUUUAUUAAUUGUACCCAACUAACCACAAACACCGAAAUGCUGCCUGUUGAUUUUGAGUGUUACCACACGUGUCAGACCUCUGCAAAAUAAACCUGCCAGACUAUA